UGUUGGUUUUACCACAUAGAGCUUAGAGCUUACAUGGUGGUCAACACAAUCGGUAGGAGAUUAUGUAUCAUCCAUUCAGUUGCUUUCUGCUUGGCGGCUACAUCCUCUGCAUCUGCUUGCCGAUCACUCUGUUCGUCGGAACUGCCUCCCAACAUCUCGGAUAUUCUUGCCGUCCCAGCUCCUCUACUUACGCUCUCAACAGCACUUAUCGAGCCAAUCUCAAUUCUCUCCUCUCCGUCCUUUAUUCCAACGGCACCCGUGAAAGUGGGUUCUACAGCUCCGUCGCCGGAGGUCGCGACGCCUCCGACACCGCCGUGUACGGCCUGUUCAUGUGCCGGGGUGAUGUCUCCACCAGCGUUUGCAGGGGGUGUGUAAGCAAUGCUAGCGCAACCGUGUUGCAGCAAUGUCCCAACCAAACGAGUGCAACUAUCUGGUACGAUUACUGUACGUUGCGUUACUCCGACAGACCUAUAUACGGGAGAGCCGACCAGAGUUUCGUCGUGUUAAAUUUGCUUGACAAUCGGAACGAUUCUCAACCAGAUAUGUUCAUGCUGUCGGUUAGAAAGACGUUGGAUCAGGUGGCCACUCUAGUGGUCGGCGAUCAAUCCUCCGACAAGAAAUUCGCGACUCAAGAAGCUAGCUUCACCGCGUCUGAGAGUAUCUACAGUCUUGCGCAGUGCAGGCCGGAUCUUUCCGACUUGGACUGUCAGACAUGCCUAGCCAGUGCUAUCCAGCAACUGCAAUCUUGUUGUUAUUCAGCAUUGGGUGCUAGAUCUAUCACCCCAGACUGUAAUAUUAGGUAUGAAACUUUCCGUUUCUACAAUAGCACAGCCGCCUCUGCGCCACCACGGGCUCCGUCUCCGAUCCCUCCUCCUCCACCCACUUCUUCAACAAGUCCAGGAAACAAAGGAAAUUCUUCAUCAAAAUUGAUUAUUACCAUUGUAGUUCUGGUCAUUGGGGUUAUACUCUUCAUUGCCAUCUUCUGUUUUGUGAGAAUCAAAAGAGAGAAGAAAUCAAUAACUACAGCACAGACAAAAGUAGAUGAGUCUGGGAUUUCAACUGAGGCGUUCUCCCAAUACAAUUUUGCUACAAUUCAAGUUAUUACAAAUAACUUCUCACCAGAAAGUAAAAUUGGCGAAGGUGGAUAUGGUUUUGUAUAUAAGGGAAAGCUUCCUAGCGGACAAGAGGUAGCUGUAAAAAGACUGUCAAAAAGCUCAAGACAAGGAGGUCAAGAAUUCAAGAAUGAGGUUGGAGUUGUUGCAAAGCUUCAACAUAGAAAUUUAGUAAGGUUACUGGGAUUUUGCUCAGAAGACAAAGAAAAGAUACUCAUUUAUGAAUUCGUUCCCAACAAAAGUCUUGACUACUUCUUAUUUGAUACCGAAAAGAAGCACCUUUUGAAUUGGUCAAGGCGAUACAAGAUUAUUGAAGGGAUAGCGCGAGGGUUGUUAUACCUACAUGAAGAUUCUCGUCUUAGAAUCAUACAUCGUGAUCUCAAGGCAAGUAAUGUACUGUUGGAUGAAGAUAUGAACCCAAAAAUAGCAGAUUUUGGCUUGGCCAAAAUUUUUGGAGCUGAUCAAACCCAAGGAAAUACAAGCAGAGUUGUUGGAACCUAUGGCUACAUGUCUCCUGAGUAUGCAAUGCAUGGCAAGUUCUCCGUGAAGUCUGAUGUUUUCAGUUUUGGCGUUCUUCUUUUGGAGAUUAUAACCGGGAAAAAGAAUUCCAACUUCAGUGAAACAAGUGGAGCAGAUGACCUCCUUAGCUAUGCUUGGAAACAUUGGAGGGAUGGCACACCAUUAGGAAUAGUGGAUCCAGUUCUUGGAGAAUCGUACACAAGAAAUGAAGUCAUUCAAUGCAUCCAUAUAGGCUUAUUAUGCGUUCAAGAAGAUGUCAAUGAAAGGCCUACAAUAACAAAAGUCGUCCUUAUGCUCAAUAGUCAUUCUGUCACUAGGUCACCGCCUCUUCAACCAGGAUUUUUCUUUAGUGGAAGAUCAGAGAUGAAGCCCAAAUGGCUAGAGUCAGAUCAGUCUACGAGUAAGUCGAUGCCAUUGUCUAUAAAUGAAGUGUCCAUUACUGAGCUAGAUCCAAGAUGAGGGAAUCCAGCCAUGGAGUACAAAGCAAAGUCUUUUGGGAUCAUCUUCAUGUGCUAGUAUUAGUUGUAUGAUUCUUCUGUAACCAUAUGUGGACAUGGAGCUGUUCCUAAUCUGUAAAUUUCUGUUCAUGCUGGGGAUAUAUAAUUGAAAUUCUUCUGCAGAA